UCUGUAUGAUAACAAUGAAAAGGAUAUUAACAGAGCAACAUCUAAUGUGCAAUGAAGCUACUGUCUAGUCAGAUCACAGAUUCUUUAUUGUUUAAGGUUCAUAUUUGUGCUGAAUGGUGGUGGCAAUCCCGCUUGGUUUCAAUGGUACUCUAUAUCAAAGUGCCAAGAGAUGUGAUUUUAAGUCAGUUGCCGAAAUGCUUACACUUAAGAAGACUGUAUCAAACAAAGGUAGUAUGGAAAAGGGGGAAGGUUGUAGUAAUUGGAGAGAUCUAAGCUCCGAUGAUGAAAAUUAUGAAGCGGAUCAUAGUGAAAAUGAUUCAAAUUCAUUCGAGACUCCUACUCCUACUAGAAGGGGAAAGAAAAUUCGUGGUACUUUCUCCCAUGUGUCUUUAGAUGGCGUUCCAAAAGAAGGACUUCGAAUACAAGAUAUACUUUUAAGGAUUGCACUUCUGACUAUGAUAUCAGAUAAAGCUCUUGAUCUCAAGGAAGAAGAAGCUAAAGCCAUUUUUGAAGAAUUGAUCAGUAGAGAAAGUAUGGAUGAACAUAACUCCUACUGAUUCAAUUUUACAUUAGAUUGUUGACGUUGAUCCUUGGUGAUUCGAAAGAAGAGUUUACAUCCUUAUCAACCAAGAAUAAAACUAAUUCAUGGUUGAAACAUUUAGAGGGUUUGGUUAUGCAAUCAUAUCAUCUUCUAGAUGAUUUUCCUUUAGAUUGGUUUCAAGAAGGUAUCAGUGGAUACUAUAAACUAGAUUUGCCUAAGAAGUUUAAACUGAUGACUCUUCUUUGUGACGAAGCUUUGAACACAGAAAAACUAAGGAGCUAUAUUCAGGAUGAAAAUUCAAGACAUGCAAAAGAAGUGAAAGAAACAAAACUU